UGCGUCCUUUUUUUAUUACAGUACAUUUCAAAAUCGUGUAAUUUUAUUUCUCCUUUUUAUAAAUUACAGUGUGUGUGUUUAAAUUGCGUACAAAGUAUCGCGAAGCCUUUUUUUAAAACUCAUUUUCGUAACGGUUCGACAACGUUUCACGGCGAGACUGGAGUUGAUUGUGUAUCGAGAAACCCGGCGAAAUAUGCCCGCAAAGGCAGCUCGUCCUCUUCGCAUCGACAAUCGUCUACUCACCUCUAAAACAAGCCAGUCGCGAGUGUCACCAUUGCAAGGACGCUACAAGAUUGUACUUCGCGAUUGUUUAUCGUAAUCUUCAAACAAUUAUAUAUAUUCCUCAUUGACUUGACCGCAGUGUGACGUGACGCUGUAGUGUGCGUGGUGCACGAAAAGAAUUAUCUGCGCUUUUUCUGCAAGAAAACGUAGAAAAGUAGCAAAGUCCAAGAUGUUCAGUUUUCACAAGCCAAAAGUUUAUCGGUCCAGUACAGGCUGUUGUAUUUGCAAAGCCAAAUCAAGCAGUUCGAGAUUUACGGAUAGUAAGAAGUAUGAGGAGGAUUUUAUCAAAUGCUUCCUGUUGGAGGAACGUCGUACUGGAGAAAUAUGCAAUGCUUGUGUUCUUUUGGUCAAGAGAUGGAAGAAACUACCUGUUGGUAGCGACCGUAACUGGAGACAUGUGGUAGAUGCCAGAGCUGGUCCAGGGAUCAAAUCCUUAACAAAAUUCAAAGCCAAAAAUAAGAAGGCUAAAAUAGCAAAGGUGGAGAAAUUUGACAAAAUACAGAAGAAGAAGCAUGUCUAUGUUAAGGGUGACCGAGAUCGUGAGCAUAGCCCAACGACAAGCGAUGACACAGGGUCCAGUAGAGCAAAUACUCCAGACAGCUGUGAUGACAAUGGAAUUGGUGACAAGAGCCAAGAUAUGGAUCAAGGAGAGAUGGAAAUUAGUAGCUUUAUUGACUUGACCUACUUUAAAAGAAAAAAUGUCUGCUGUGGUGUAGUAUUCGUGGGUAUGAGGAACGAGUUGCUGAUCGAGCCGUCCCUUUUCAAACGUUGCCACGGUUGUUUAGAACGUGAACGUCAGCGGGCUACUGCUGCUGUUACAAUGAUGGGUUCAAGCCCAUCACACUCCUCUGCAUCGGCUAGUCCGUGCCAUAGUUCCGCAUCCACCAGUCCAGCAUACAGUGUCGAAUCCAACAAUGAGACUGCUGUCAAAGCCAAAGGUUUUUGCGAUUCGUCAUCUGAUUCCGGCUAUGAUGAUUCAAGUCAGGGAAUGAUUACCGAAGGAAAGAAAAUGAUCGUCGAGCAGCCCCCGUCAAUCGAGCAAGCAAUGCCACUCGUCGCUAAGUCUGACAAGCCAUUGGGUACAGUGCAAAUACCAUCGACUGACAAAAUAGUACCAAUGUCGACGACUCUACGGCUGAAAGCCAACGCAGUAGGAUCUAAGGUGCCGAUCAAACUACUGUGCAAACCAGUAGCUCUGGUUAGUUCCGCCAAACUAAGCUUGAGUAAUGCCAGUACAGCGAUACCACCAACGGCAGCCGUUGACUUUGCUAUGCACAGCCCAACUCAGCAAAUGGCUAACUAAAACGACGCUAUAGUUCCAGCAGUGGAAGAGACACCAUCAUAAGUGUUCCCAUGAGAUAUUGCGUCGUGAGUUACCCACACUAUGUUUAUCGCCAAUUUUGGGGAAGUACGACCACACACAAACACGCGCGCGAAUGAAAAAGCGUUCAAGAGCCUUUAUUUAUUUUCUACCUUUUCUCGCUUAACUCUAUAACUUGUAAAUAGGACCUUUUACAUACAUCAUUACAUACGUAUAUUAUAUAUACAUACAUACAUAAAUAUAUAUAUACAUAUAUACAUAUAUAUGUGUAUAUAUAUAUUUACGAGGUUGAGUUGCAACUUGUUAAGAAGUGCCGUACGCCUUUUGUUUCUUCAAAAAAGUGUUUCGUGACGAUAAAAGUCGCUCCAUUUAUUGUUGUGCAGUCUUCCUUUCAAUGCAGACAAAGAUCUUCCGAUGAGAAAUGAUGCUACACAAUAAAAUAUCGUUUGUCGCUAGUUUUAGUAUUCUCUCACUUUGUGGGGUUGGCUGUGAAGUUUAACUGAAGAAAAAAAUUUUUAAAACACUCGUGCUGUUAGACUAUGCUCCUGAAAAUAAUUUAUUAUGAUGUUUAUCACGUUUUUAUAUUCUUUCUUUAAAUUUAUUGUAAUGACUUUGAUUGUAGCCCCAGCGACAAAUCAUAUAACGAUUAUGAUAAAACGAAUGUCUUUGUUUGUACGAAGGAGGUCAAAUUAUUUGUAAUUUUUCCAUGACUCAAGUAACAUUUCUAAGGACCAAAAUCACUUUAUACGAAAUUAUCAAACACAAUACUAUCUUUAUUGUGUGACUGAGAAUGCGUGUUAGACGCUUUUCGAUGCUACUUGUACAUACGUAAUUGAUGAGAAAAUCAAAGGUGAUAACGAUAAGUUAGCUCAUAUUCUCGCUCUCUCUUUUUUAUUAUCUCGCGGCUAAAUAACAUAUCGGAAAAAUAAAAACAGCACUUAAGGUUCAUUCUAAUGUACGUCGAUCAAUUUGAUCCCUUAAAAUGAGUGGCAUUGAUGUACCGUUGCAUAAAGGUUUUAAUAUCUUCAUCAAAUUUCAAGUCAGUAUGAAAAUACUUUUGACAAUUAUUAAUAAUUUUAAAUAUUGACUUUACUCUAUGUUUAUAAUCUCUGUAACUAUUAAACAUAAAAUACUCUUAAUAACGUUUAUUUGACAAUAUAAUUAGUACGAAUCCAAAUAUUUGUUAAUAACAAUUUUAUCAACCUUAUUUUAAACAAUUGCUAAUAACUCAAAAACGUCUUCUUAAUUCUCAAAAAUUCUUGUUUAUACAUAUUCUUUGAUUUUUUCCUUUGAAAACGUUUUACGUAAACAACAUAUUUGCAAAGUUUCAUAAAAAUUGAUCAUUUUAAGGGAUAGACUUGUUUGAUAUAACUUAGAAUGAAGUUUAAUUAAUGGCCAAGCUGUUGAGUAUGAUGACAAUCAAUUGCAACACUUUUUCUCAAGCCAAAUCUUAUAAGCCAGAGUAAUGGAAGAGAGUGAGUUUUACGUCAAUAUUAAAUGGUUAUGAGUAAAAACAUAAAAGCUUCUAAGUUAACUUGUUGAUAAUGGUACAGUGUACGAAUGUAAGUGUUACAAAUGUUACCUCAUGUGUAAGUUUCUUACCAAGGAAUUUACAAAAUAUUUGUUAAUAACUAAGGAAAAACCUUCCAAAGUCAAUCAAAUAUUGUCACUUACUUGCACUUUUUACAAUGCAGUUUAAGCAACUGUUGAUUACUGAUUAGAAUGUUUAUAUGUACAUGUGAAUAACUAAUGAGUAUACAGUCAUUACAUUCCUAUACAAAGUACCAAUUUUUUUAUCUAAGUAUAUUCAACAAAUAUGCUCGCACAAAUUGCUGCUACAAAGAUUGUUUAACGAGUCAUUUAAUUAUCAAAGUAGCAAGUCAAAUUGCGCUGUGAUGACCAUGUAUUUAAGAGGAAAAAUAUGAAUCUAAAGAGAAAUGAUUAUAAAACUUGUAAAGAACAGAAAAAUGUUUAUCGACUUUGAUCGCGCGAAACGCGUUCACGUGCAAAUAUAUACACAAAGCCAAGACGAACGUGCACUUCACAAAAUAAAUACCCCUGAGGCCCGUAGACAAAAUUUAAAUUUAAUACGAUGGCACCUUACGCUGUCUAAAAAUAAAAUUAUAUUUUUAAAUUGAUUAUAAUGAAGCAUUAUAGUGGCCACAAUGUACAAAAUAAAAUAAGUUGCAGCUCAACGAUUGAUUCCACCUGAAAUCCAUAAAAAUGUCAUAGAUUAUUUACACCGCUCUUUUUCAGAAUAUAUAAAAGGAAAAAAUAACGAUUGUGAGACUGAUCGAUGUAUUAAGCAGAUAAACUUUUUUUUACAAUACAACUAUUAAGAAAUAGGCGAGAUUUGCAACAUUCAAAUAAUGUGUUAGAUACAUAUAUACAUAUUUUAUACAUAUAUGAGAGAGGACUCUAACAAUACAAAACAAAAUACGACGACUGCCAUAAAAUAUUAUAAUGUUAUUAUGAUGGUUAUCUUUAUCAUAUGUAAUUGUAUAUAUCAUAACGUCUUUGCAAUGCGACUUUCAAAUAAGGUGAUAAUAAUCAUUGAGAUUGUUUUUUUUUUCUUUUUUCAUAAGUUAUAGUUGCGAUGCGUGUUUUUUCCGCGAUUUGCAAUACUUUAUAAUUAUGCUCGCAUUGCAUAGCUAUAAAAAUUGAAAUUCGAUGAAAGUUUGCUGCUAAUUGUCAAUUUCAAGACAAUCACUUCUAUUAAUUUGUUGUGGUGAUAUUUUUUAGAACAAAUCUAAUUUUAUGUGACUGUAUACUAUGUCCUUUGCGAAUAAAUACAAUUCGCAUGUGAACGUAGUUAUUUUAAGCUGAAAAAAGACUUUGAACUAUAAGUGCAAUGAGUUUACAGUUGAAAGACUCAACUUUUAGCAUGAUGAUGCAUAAGAUUUUUUGUUCAUAUGAAAUUAUGUAUGAGACAGUUUGCUCUUUUUUUAUUUGUUAAAAUAUAAGCCAUAUAUUUUAAUUAUACAGAGUUUUAUUUUUACAGAAAAGAAGUUUUAUAUUUAAUGAAAAGGCAAAUAAUGCUAAAAAAUUAUUAUAGCGUAUAGUUCAAACUGAGUUUCAUAAUUUUAUAUUGACAUCUUGAUAUUUUAAAAAUAAGCUGAUAUAUUUACUUGAACGUUAUUGUUUUGAAAGGGCAAGCUCUUAGUGAACGAAUUGAACGAAUAAACUUUCAUUUGAACAUAUUGAUAAAUAGAUAGCAUGAAUUCACGCAAGUGUCUAAAUAAUGAAAGCGAAGCGAGUGCAUCAAACCAAAAAGUAUAGCAAAACGGGAAGCACGCAGUUGUAAUGUAAAGAAAAAGAAAAAUGAUGCUGAAUGCAUAAUUAUUGUUUAGGCGAAGCGCCAAUGAGAGAGAAAGAGACAGAAGUUUCGCUUCUCCAAAGACAUUUGAAAAUUAUUAUCGGAAUCAUUGCAAAUCGCACACGCCGAAGAAAACAUUCAUUCGUGUUUGCUUUUACUCAACUCGACUGAACCGCAUUGUCUCUUUACGUUCGCAUCGCACAAAGAUCAUUGUUAUAUUAACGUUUUUAUUGACCAAUGACUUGAUAUCUAUACGUUUCUUAAUCUAUGUUUUGUCGUCAAUCGUGAAAAACUUAUCUCUGACGACUGUAAAGAUUAUUUAUAUUUUUUUUAUCGAAAGAGUAUUUUUUUUAUUUUAAACAUCACAAUACACUUUAGUUUUACGGUUCAGCGAAGAAGGAUUUUCAAUGUACUUAGUGUGUUGACUUAUCAGAUUACGAUGUUAUCGAGGGAAACGAUACGAACACGAAUGAUUUUUUUUUUUUUUGUAAUUUUUAAGUUAGGCUUAGAUUCUUGUAGCAAUUAUUUAUUUCGACUUUUAAUGAUUGUGUAUCCGUUUGAAUGGGAUAAUCCGUAUUAUAUGAAAACUAGUACGAAAUAAAUAUUAUUCUAAAGUCUAGAAAAUUAUUUUGCGUGCAUUUACAUUGCUACUUUUCAAGAAAAAUCCAUCAGUCACACAACACACAAUCUAGUGCAUACAUUACGUCUCAUAUAAAUAUAUGAAUAGAUAUAUAGUCAUUUGAUAAGUUUAUAUGUAUAAAAUGUCGUGUUUUUGUACUUGACUAACGCGUUUCGUCGUUGCGAAGCGAAAAUAAAUACGAGCAAAAACUUUAUGAAAAUGUGAAAUUGCGAUUUUUAAAAGAUUGUUAUUGAAAAGUUUGAAAAACUUAAAAAAAAAAUACUGUCACCUAUUCGUACCCAAACAAAGAUAUUGUAAAAAAGUAACAGAUGAAAUAAAUAAUGAAUAUUUACAAAUUGCCAAACCAAGCAACAAAAAGAUGAUAUAUCAAGUAAAACCAAAAUCGCACAAGAGCUUUUACACUUAUAUAUUAGGCAAAAAAUAUAGUUUGCAUCCAUAGAGUGAUACAAAAUUUGAUAGAAAAUUAUAUUUAUGAAAGUGAUGAUGGACAACUUGCAAUAUUUGUAACGUUUUUUUAUAUAAAAAUGAACUUUGUGAUGGUGUAUCCUCGACUUUUUUCUUAUUAUCAAAAGACUUUAUACAAGUGAUAAAAAAAGAAGCAAAAAGCGAGGUGUGAUUUCUUCUUCGUCGAUGCGAUGGAAGAGAACAGAAAAAAUUUUUAAAGUCAACAUUGUUCGUUCGUGGGACGAAAAGCGCGUUCGCAGUGUCAAGUGUGUUUUAGUGAAGUAAAAAUGGACGAGGUGUGCGUACAUUAAAAUAUUACGAAUAAUACAUACGAGAGAACGGGCAAUAAGGUGUAUGCGAGAGUCUUUUAGUUGUUAUCUGAGCGUGAUAAAAUAUUGUAAAUUGAUGUUGGAUGAUGGAUCAUUUUGUCUUGAUCUUAUUAGCUUUCAACAUCGCUAGUUUUCCAGAAUUUCCAAUGGAAUGUGAUUGGGGUUAUUUUUAAUUAUUUUUAAAAGAACUUGAACGCGAUCGUUCAAAUUCUCAAAAAGCUUUAAUGAUUGAUUAUAUCGUUAAUAAGAGUCGUGGAAAUUGUAUAUUAUAUAUUUUUAAAAUCCAAAAUUAAGAGUUAUCAGCUACUUUAAGCUGGAAAUAAUUUUAUAAUAAAAACAUUUUCACUUGAUAAAUAGAAAGAAAAAAAACAACUUUACAACAAAGAUAAAUAGACUAUUGACCUUCGCAUCCCUUUGUACGUUGAUGCAACGUGAAUUGCAUUGGCAAUCGGCAAUCGGCUGAUCUCAUGUGCGUAUUGCGUUUUGGUUACCUGUAUAUAUGUACACGAUGGCCAAAGCAACGCAUUUUUUGCCUGUAACUGUGUUUUCUUCUUUCCUCCUCUUUUUCUUAUUAACAAAACUCCAUAAAAGACACCGAAUGUCGUUCUCCAGAUAGCUUUUAAUAUAGCGAUAUGUAACAUACUCUUUGGGUUCGUCGUGUAUCUGCCGAAGAGACACGUGAGAUGUGCAUUUUACUUUCCUGUAAACGCAAGAAAUAUUUGUAUAUACAUCUGUUUUUUUUUCUCUGUUUUUUUUUUUCGAUAUAAGAUAAAAUAUGUAUAUGGCUAUAGAUCUUUUAUUUUGUACUCCUCAAUAUAAGAUUUUUUUUAACUUACGUAAGCAAACUUUAUUCGAGGUACCUUGAAGGAUUCAUACAUGUUUUUUUAACGAUCUGAUAUCAACUACUGUUUGUAAUAUUAUAUUACUGUCACAACGAUUAAAUAACACAUGCGCUUCUGUACAUUGCAAAAUUUGAAAAACCUUUCUAUCGCAUACUCACAGUAAUUGUACAUAGUGUGCGAAGUAUUAUGUAUUAUUCCAUUUGUUAAGCAUUGAUUAAAGUAUU